AUGGAGACAGAGCCAUCGAGGGACAGGGACUAUUCUUUCGCCCGCCUGUGUGACAUCAAGUCCCCGGUCACCCUUAAGAUAACGUCCCUAGAAGGAAAGCUACCACAAUCAAGCCAUACCGAAGCUUUGAAUCAUGCAAAGGUCAUCAGAUCAAGGGCCGAUACGCCCAUCCCAGAUCUGUACAUCACCUGUACGCUGUGGACCGGAGAGUCGCAGCAUACAUUACCUUUCCGAACCGGAUGGAAAGAUCUGUCAAGAGGAACCAAAUGGAAUCAGACGAUAAUUUUACCCGUCCAAUACCCUUCCCUCCUCCUCGAGUCAUCCGUAACAUUCACAAUAUGGGAUGUUCAAGAGUCUGGCAGAUGCACUGCUAUCGGAGGAACGAAGAUGGCGCUCUUUGACCAUCACAGAACGCUCAAACGAGGCCAACAACGGCUCUAUAUACAUCGGGGAGUGGAAGCGGACGCGAGGCCAAAUUCUACGACUCCGAGCGAGGUACUGAAUAGAGAGGACGAUGAGAUGGGAAGGCUGGAAUCUUUGAUAAAAGAGUUUGAUCGGGGCGAUAUCAACAAGGUGGAGUGGCUCGACCGUCUUGCUUUUAGAAAAUUAGAAAAAGCUCAUCUUAGGGAAACUUCCAAAUCAAAAGACAUGUAUCUCUACGUGGACCUUCCGAAGUUCGACUUCCCUGUUGUCUACUCGGAACAGGAGUCACUCCUCUCGGUCCCGCCUGCUCCUGUCGCUCAUCUUUCUCCAACGAGCGUCCCACCUGUCCUGGCGCUUCCGCCGAAUUUCCUCUCGAGCGACCGCCAUCUAUGGAGGGCCUAUGACCCGGACGCAUGGAGAGACAACCCUGUAGAGAUCAAGCACCGAAAGCUGCUACGAAGUCAGCGGUUGGGUGAUGCAGGAAAGGAUUUGAAACCCGGACCUUCGGACAGGGAUCGCUUGAACGACAUAUUUCGCCUACCUCCUACCGCCUCGCUGUCUGCUCUCGACAAGGAUCUUCUGUGGAAAUUUCGAUUUUCGCUGUUCCGUUCGCCUCGCUCGCUGACAAAGUUUCUAAAAUGCGUCACCUGGUCUGAUCCGGUCGAAACGAAACAGGCUGUGGAAAAGUUGCUUCCUUUGUGGGGCCAAGAUGUAGGAAUCGAUGACGCACUGGAACUUUUGGGGCCAGAGUUCAUGCACAAAAAAGUGAGGGCUUUUGCAGUGAAACGUUUGGAAAGGGCGGACGACGAGGAACUUUUGUUGUACCUUCUCCAACUGGUACAAGCUCUCAAAUUCGAACACAAAUACUUCACCUCGUCUCAACGUCCUCAUAAAUCACGCGCACAUCAGCUCAAACGGCAACCGUCACAAGACCAGGCUGGCGACAGCGGCCUGUCUCAAUUUUUGAUUGACAGAAGUGUAUCCAACCCGAUUUUGAGUACCCGUUUUCACUGGUAUCUCAUGAUCGAGUGUGACAGUCGAGCUCCUGUGGGAAGGAUGUAUGCAAAAGUCGCCUAUGAUUUCAUGAAGAAACUCUCUCAAAGCCCCGAAGGAACGGCCCAGAGGGAGGUACUCCGACGUCAAGGUGUAAUGGUGCAGACCCUAUCAACACGUGCUAGGGAAGUCCGUCUUUCGAAGGAUCCUCGACAGAAAAAGAUCGAGAAGCUCAAAGCAUAUCUGUCAGACCCGAAGAACGGUCUCUCUUCUCUCGCCGAGCCCUUGACCUUACCCCUCAAUGCUCGGGUUUCCGUUACUUCUGUGGUGGCCGAGAAGUCGAGCAUAUUCAAAUCCAACCUUUUGCCGCUUCUAAUAUGGUUCGAAACAGCCGAACCAAAAAGAACUGCGGAAGACGACAGUGAAGGGGUCGUUAACAUCUCGCCUGAAUAUCCUGUCAUAUUCAAAAACGGUGACGACUUGCGUCAAGAUCAGCUCGUAAUCCAACUGUUCACUCUCAUGGAUCGUCUACUACGCAAAGAAAACCUCGAUCUACGCCUGAGCCCCUACAGUGUUCUGGCGACAUCCACCUCGGAGGGACUCAUACAAUUUGUUCCCAGCAAAAGUGUCGCGUCUAUCAUGGCGGAACAUGGGAACUUGCAGAAUUAUUUGAAGCUGGAGCACUCCGACGAUGCAGCCCUGGGAUCGUAUGGCAUAGAGGCAGGGGUAAUGGAUACGUUUGUAAGAAGCUGCGCUGGCUAUUCAGUUCUCACGUAUGUCCUGGGAGUUGGAGACCGUCAUCUCGACAAUCUCAUGCUAGCGCCCGAUGGGCAUUUCUUUCACGUUGAUUUCGGUUACAUCUUGGGACGAGACCCAAAGCCGUACCCCCCACCUGUGAAGGUGUGCAAGGAAAUGGUCGAUGCAAUGGGCGGUACCGGAUCAGUUCAUUACUCCAGAUUCCAAAGCUUGUGUUAUACUGCUUUCACAGGAUUGCGGAAGAAUGCCAACCUGAUACUGAAUCUUGUGGCGUUGAUGGUGGAUGCUGGUAUACAAGACAUCCAGCUCGAGCCUGACAAGGCAGUGCAGGAAAAGUUCAUGCUCGAUCUUUCCGAGGAAGAUGCCAUCAAGCAAUUUGAGGUCUUGUUGAACGACACCUCGUAUUUGACUGUAGUAUUUGACAGGAUCCAUGACUGGGCGCAGUAUCUACGCGAUUAG